AUGUUGGAGUAUCAUUUAAAUAACACUUCGCACACAUUUUUCAUAUUGAAUGGAUUUCAGAGUCUGGAUAAAUGGAGACCUGUCCUCGCUGCUCCUUUUCUGCUCAUGUUCAUUUUGUCAAUUAUUGGCAACUCUGUUCUUUCCUAUAUAAUAUUAACAAAUAGAAAUUUACAUUCUCCGAUGUUUGUCCUCAUAGGGCUUUUGGCAGUAGAUGAUUUAUGCAUACCACUAUUUGCUGUGUCCCAUAUGCUGCUCAGCUUUUUAUUUAACUUGAAUACUAUCUCCCUUAAUGGCUGUUUGUUAGAAAUGUUUUUCACUAUCUUCUUUCAGUCAUUUCAGUCAACAAUCCUUUUAUGGAUGGCACUGGAUCGCUACUUUGCAAUAUGCACACCUCUGUACUACCAUAAACACAUGGCCUUCCCAAAUUUCCUUAAAUUUAUCAUUCUCCCUUGCCUGAGAAAUGUCACCUUGGUUAUUUUGGUGAUAGGCCUGGCUGGUUCACUGUCCUUUUGUCACACCAAUGUGAUGGAUCAUUGCUUUUGUGAACAUAUGGCAUUGGUUCAGCUGGCAUGUGGAGAUACUUCUAUUAACAACCUUGUUGGACUUGUAGGUGCUUUCCUUGUAGCAACAGCUGAUUGUGUGCUCAUUGCUGUGUCCUACAUCAUCAUAUUUUCCACUGUUAUUAAGUCUGGGCAAUCUCACUCAAAAGCUAUCAAUACAUGUAUCACACACAUAAUUGUCAUGACAGUUAGUCUAACUCUUACAUUAAUAGCUUUUAUGUCAUACCGGAUAAGAAACAACCUCUCGUCGAAUAAUCGCAUCUUAAUAAGUUUAAUGUAUUUACUUUUCCCAAGCUGUUUCAACCCAAUCAUUUAUGGAGUGAGAAUAAAAGAAAUAAGGCAACAGCUGUUACAUAUUAUGAGGAACAGGUGGAUUUUUCCAAUUUCAGGAAAGCCCACAAAUAGUAUUUCAUAA